AACAAUUGCUGUUUUAUUUUUGUUGUGCGUGAGGUGGAGUGUCCGUGUAUUAAGACGUCGUUUAUUUACUACCGUGCAAGUUCACCGUGGCCAUGGUCCUCUCAAGUUGGUUCUUUAUUCUAUGGUGACGACGUGGACCUACACAAGCAAAUGCUAACGAUGGCGUCCUAAUACAGCCACUGCUCACAAGUUGCGUCGUAAAAAUACCAAAGUCGCCUCGUGGCAGUACGUGUCGACGCAACAUGAAUGAGCCACGAUUGCGGUGAUCUUUCUGUAAGCUCUCGCCGUGUCAGGAGCGCCACUGCGGAUGCUGACAGCACGAUUUGGCAAAACUGUUUUGUUUGAAUACCUCUUACGUUGGCGAUGAGCAUGAUGGAUAUUCCCGUUCACGGCAGCAACAGCGACAACGGACAGAGCUCGGACUCGAGUUCUACGGGCUCUGGCAGCUACGUCAAAAUCUCCAUGGACACUGACGAACCAAACGGCUAUGACGCUGACUCGCCCAUCGUUCAAGCAGCCGCCGCAGCUACGGCGACAGCUGCUGUACCGACCAUUUCGUCGCAGGCACCGGCCAAGCCUCUGGACGAGUUCGUCUUCAUGUCGACCUCGACUCCUGACUACAGCCGCCUGACCGGCACGAUGGACCUUUGGUCCUCCCCGCACAAUGGCAAAGGAGACACCUCGUUUGCGUCUUCCAUGCCUGGCUCAUCGUUCCUGCAUCAAAAAGGCCUUGGCUGGUUGCUUGAGGUGGAUGAUGCAGAUGAUGAUGACAAAGCACCUCUCCUGGAGGAGCUGGACAUUGACCUGAAGGACAUCUACUACAAAGUGUGCUGCGUGUUACUGCCUUUUCCUUUUAUGGGCUACAAGCGGCAGCUGGUCAGAGACAGCCCUGACUUCUGGGGACCCCUUCUGGUCGUCAUUCUCUUCUCCCUUGUCUCCAUCUAUGGCCAGUUCUCAGUGGUCUCAUGGAUUGUCACCAUGUGGAUCUUUGGAUCACUAGUCAUUUUUCUUCUGGCCCGAGUUCUGGGUGGAGAGGUGAGCUACUCUCAGUGCCUCGGAGUGAUUGGCUACUCUGUCCUGCCCCUUGUAGUCACUGCGACCACUUUGCCUCUGGUCAGACCUUUCUACUACGUGGAAUUGACGUUCAAGCUGCUUGGCGUUCUGUGGGCAACGUACAGUGCUGGCUCGCUGCUCUGUGUACAGGAACUGCAGAACAAGAGGCCACUGCUCUUGUAUCCCGUGUUUCUACUUUAUGUUUAUUUUUUCUCACUUUAUUCCGGUGUUUGACCUGGCCAUCGGCUGUGGUGCAUCUGCUUCCUGAUUGUGCAUUGAAACAGGAUUGUGUGCUAUUUUGUAGCCCAGACAUGUGGUUCACUGCGUGUAAAUACCUCCUGGAGAGCUGCGCUUUUUAUUUUCUUUUUUUAAGCUUUGUGUUUGCGCUAAUAUAAUAGUGGGAGCCAAGUUUAUGACAUCUCAGAUGAAAAUAAUAAAUUGUUAUCGGUACAA